AUGGGUCCCAGGAAUUGGCUGCUGGGUCCUCUUGCCCUUCUGAUCCUUCUCGAAGCCACCUGGGUGCAGAGCCUGCCCCUCCGAUCCUGCCGUUUCCCCCAAAUACCUGAGCAUUUGAAUUCCUUCAGGGAACUCAGGAACCAAUACGAGGACGAGAUGUUCAAAGGAGGAGAACCCUGGAAAAACUGCACCAGCCCCCACCUCCGCUUCCCCCAAGUGAAGAUGGACCGCCUGAGAAACAAAUGGGAGAUGAUGGAGGCCGUGGAGGUGAAGCUGGCCCUGAUGGUGCCUGUUCUGCAGAACGUCAGUGAGGCUGCCUUCUCCAAACACGCCUCCAAGGUUUUGGAGUUCCUGCAUCCACUCCAGGAGGUCCUGGCCACCUGCAUCAGGGACAAAGCCCCCCACGGGCAGAAGUCCAGCCCCCUCCAGCACUUCCAGGAGGAGAUCCAGAAAUUCAACGCCAGAAGCACCCAGCAAUCACACAAGUGCCUGGAGGCAGCGGUCGGCCUCCACAUCGUGCGCCUCCUGGAAAAGGACAUCCACCAACUCCGGCACCACUUCCACCACCGCCACCGCCACCACCUCCGUGCCACCACCCGCCUAGGCUGA